AAAAUCUCGUUUUGUCUCGGGCAGUCUCUGGGUGGACUGGGUGCAUCAGUGGAGAGGAGAUAUUGGGCACAGGUCCUUUGUCCUUUACAUUUCUAGCGCUUUUACCUCCUCUAUUCGCUUCUAAAUUCCUAAAGGACUACACAGAUUGUCCCAAACCAAGCCAUUUCCCCUCCCAAACAGAUCGUUGCAUCCGUUCUCACAGUGAUAACGGUUCAUCAAAGGGAGUAGAGCAUAAAGAAGAUGUCUGGCUAUCAGGGCAAGAAGAAUAUUCCCCGCAUAACCAGUGACCGUCUCUUGAUUAAAGGGGCGAAGAUUGUGAAUGAUGAUCAGUCGUUCUGUGCCGACAUCUAUAUGGAAGAUGGCCUGAUCAAGCAGAUUGGAGAGAAUCUGAUAGUACCCGGCGGGGUGAAAACCAUCGAUGCUCAUGGGCGUAUGCUGAUGCCGGGUGGCAUCGAUGUGCACACACGCUUCCAGAUGCCUGACAGGGGCAUGACUGCUGCAGAUGAUUUCUAUCAAGGCACUCGUGCUGCUCUGGCUGGAGGAACCACCAUGAUCAUUGAUCAUGUGGUUCCUGAACCCGGGACAAGUCUGAUCUCGGCCUUCAAUCAGUGGAGGGAAUGGGCGGACAGCAAAGCGUGCUGUGAUUAUUCUCUUCAUGUGGACAUCACUGAAUGGCACAAAGGUGUUCAAGAGGAGAUGGAGGCGCUCGUCAAAGAUCACGGCGUUAACUCUUUCCUCGUCUACCUGGCUUACAAAGAUUUUUUCCAGCUCACUGAUUCCCAGAUCUACGAAGUGUUCAGUGUCAUCCGGGACCUCGGGGCCAUCGCUCAGGUCCACGCUGAGAACGGAGACAUCAUAGUCGAGGAGCAGCGCAGGAUUUUGGAGUUGGGUAUCACUGGACCAGAGGGACAUGUCCUCAGUCGACCAGAAGAGUUGGAGGCGGAGGCAGUGAACCGCUCCGUAACAGUGGCCAAUCAGACCAACUGCCCUCUUUACAUCACCAAGGUGAUGAGCAAGAGUGCCGCUGAUGUCAUCGCCCAGGCCAGGAAGAAAGGCACCGUUGUGUAUGGGGAGCCAAUCACAGCCAGUCUUGGCACGGACGGCUCGCACUAUUGGAGCAAGAACUGGGCCAAGGCUGCCGCCUACGUCACGUCCCCACCCUUGAGUCCGGAUCCCACCACACCGGACUAUCUCAACUCACUGCUGUCAUGUGGGGAUCUGCAGGUAACAGGAAGUGCUCACUGCACCUUUAACACCGCCCAGAGAGCUGUGGGCAAAGACGACUUCACCCUCAUCCCUGAAGGAACCAAUGGCACUGAGGAAAGGAUGUCCAUCAUCUGGGACAAAUGUGUGGUAACUGGAAAAAUGGAUGAAAAUCAGUUUGUGGCCGUCACCAGCACCAACGCCGCUAAGAUCUUCAACUUGUACCCGCGCAAGGGCCGCAUCGCCGUGGGUUCAGACGCCGACCUGGUUCUGUGGGACCCUGAACUCACGAAGAUCAUCUCAGCGAAGAGCCACAAUCUGGCGGUGGAGUACAACAUCUUCGAGGGCACUGAGGUGCGUGGGUCGCCUCUGGUGGUCAUCAGCCAGGGAAAGAUCGUCCUGGAGGAGGGGAACCUCCACACCACUGAGGGGUCCGGCCGCUACGUGACCCGCAAGCCCUUCCCUGACUUUGUCUACAAGAGGAUAAAGGCUCGCAGCAGGCUUGCUGAACUGAGGGGUGUCCCACGGGGUCUCUACGACGGGCCGGUCUGUGAAGUCUCAGUGACACCCAAAGCUGUGACCCCUGCUUCCUCUGCCAAAACCUCUCCUGCCAAGCAGCCCGCUCAACCGGUCCGCAACCUGCACCAGUCCGGCUUCAGCCUCUCCGGCUCUCAGGUUGAUGACAACAUCCCCCGCCGCAACACCCAGCGCAUCGUUGCGCCCCCUGGUGGCAGGGCCAACAUCACCAGCCUGGGCUAGACGCCCUCCAUCAGCAGACAGGAGAACAGGGGGUUGGGGGGAGGGAUGUCUAUAACGGAGGUGUUUGCUGAGACCAACGUGUCACAUCAAGAACCCUCCACAGGGCCUAUGAUUCUCCACUCCCUAGUCUCCCAACCCCUGAGCUCUCGCCCAAUUCCCUUGUUUUUCUUUUCCCAACCAUACACCACUUCCUAAAGGAGACAUCUAGAGAAAAAAAGUAUUUGCCUCAUGUGAAGAGAGAAGGAAAAAAUGUAACAUCCACAUCUGAGCACUUCUGAUUGUAUGAUUUUUAUACUGUACUUUCGACCCACCAUGAGUCGUGUUAUUAUUUUUGUAUUUAACUUUAUUUGCUUUUUGAAAUCAGAGGGAUCAAGUGUGUGUAUUAGAGAAGCUGUUUAUCAUUGUUACUUAUUAACAAGGCAAUGGUUAGAGAACUGGGUUUCUUAAAAGUCUAUUAAGACUUUUAAGUCUACUACAUUAGGGAUGUCUUUAUUUUUGGGAAUCUUUUAUUAUGCUUUUUUACUCAAACAAUCAGUUUACAUCAGUAUGAACACCUGACCGUAUUCCGCCCGUGCCCUUUCCGUGGCAUUCAAUGCGAUACUUUCUGUACCAGUCAAUAAAAGAAAGCUUUUCCAGUGGUCGCUGAUUAAAAACCAUGUGUUGUUACACAACCAGAGAUGUUUAAUUAACACUGUUAAUGUUACUGAAGAAGAAACCGCAUGUAAAAACAAGCAGCUUAGCAAUGUAGAAGAUAAUAAGAGAGGACCGCAAGUGAUUCUAGCUGGAAACCUUCCUUGUUCUGGCCUCAAACUCUUUUUUUCGCACUUACUGCUUUAAUACCCAAAGGCUAAGAAGAGAAUAAAGUCAAGGUUGUAAUUGCGAUAUAUAAACUCGAUUGCGAAAUGUAAAUUCAGAAUUGCAAGAAAGUCAGAAUUCUCUGAGCUUAGUAAGAGUUUAUAUCUUGUAAUUCUGACUUUUUUUUUCUUCAGAAUUGCCAGAAAAAAGUCACAAUUUAUUUUUAGUCUCCAUAGUUAGCUUGAGAAAAAGCUGUGUUACUGAAGAAUGUGCAUGUAACUACGUCAAAUUAGUAGCAAUUUCCAAAAAGCCCAAAGUAUACAUAAAUGAUGACGUGAACACUUGGCAUAUGUUUAAAGCCGAACAUUUGCGUUUCAAAGUAUAUUUCAUUUGAUUGUGUGUGCAAACUUGAUACAUGCAGACUAGAAAUGAACUAAAAACUAGACAUGUUGUCCCCUUGUGGCCAGAUUAGUGGGCAUGUGUGAGCUAAAUGGACACGAUUACAAAAAUCGGGAUCCACGCGUACGAAGUAUACUUUGGGCUAAGAGUACCCCCAGAUGGAUUUUUCUGUAAGUUUGGUCGCAGCGCAAAACAAAUGUGCCAUACGAGUCGUGAGAUUUUAUGGUAUUGAGAGACUAUGUCGCUACUUUCUAUGUCAACAAAUGUGAUCUCGCAGACAUACGCUAAUGUGUCUUUUUUGUAUCUUUAACUCCAAGCUGUGCCUGAGAUGUACUGAUCACGUUGAAUACUUCUACAAGAGCUUGUUCAUGUAUUUUUUUUUUUUUUUUUUUUUUGAAACUAACUCAAAGGCUGUUAAAUGUAAAAUAGCCGGUUAACCGAUACAAAGGUGCCAGUUUUCUCUUAACUCGUCAUAGUGCUUUUGAAAGGCUUUUCAAAAGUUAUCAAGAGUUAUAAAGUUAUAAAGAGUUAUCACAGCGCCAUUUUUAAUGUCCACAUCCGUUUUAGUGCCGUAAUAAAAUGCUGCAUCCUGUAAUAACUUCAAAAAAUAAAAGUCAAAGGUUAAAGGUGAUUUUCAACAACUGUGCCUGUGGCAGCUCCAUGUUUUCAUUAUUGUAUUUUAUCAACGGAUGAAUGAGAAAUUGUUUGUUUUUCUUCCAAGUUGGUCUGGAAACCUGAGAAACAUACCCUAAAAACAAAGGGCAAUGCAUCGAGCAGCUAGUACUCUAGGUUAGCUAACGUCCGAUUUCUUCUCCUGUGUUUGACACAUUUCCUUUUGAAACAAGAAGUUUGUGUGGGACACAUCUAUUAAAAGAACCUGGCUUUAGGUAGGCUAUGUCAGUCACUGAUUUGGUAUUUGCUAAUGCUAGUGGUAUUGAGGGAGGGACACUGUCACUGUAGAGAGCUUUUGAUUGGAUAAAAAUCUGUGUAGUACAAGAUGAGCCAUCAAUAUUUUUGGUUCGUUUGCGGUUAGGAGAAAGACGUUUUAAAUCUGCCAACAUUUAUGAGUAGGCCUACACAAUAGAUUAGCUUCAAAGUUAUCGCCACAAAACUCUUAACGAUAAUCCACAUUUUGUGGAUGGUGCUAAAGCGUUCAGCUCAGGCAAAUAAUAGUUAAAACAGUAAUAAAAAGGCUUUAACUGGUUUCAAUGUACCUUGCUUAAAUCUCACUAUGGAUUAGCAACGGCGGGACCUUUUUGUAAGUCUGUUUAGUUUAGUCUGUUUUUCAUUUGUAGGAAACCCGGCCUCCAGCUGUUUUCUUUUUCCUCUCGAAUAUCGGCAGAAUCUUGGCCUGUAACAUCAUUCUCCAUUGCUCGUCUUUUCCUCUGCGACUCAACACCAUAGACUGUAUAAAAACACAUAGAAACAACACAUACACACACAACGUUUUCGGUCUUUUGAGAAACUUUGCGUUCACUCGCAAAACUUGGGAGGAAAAACUACCGGCCUAUUUCAGUGCUUUUAAGUUUUCUUGCAAAAACGUUUGCGUUCCUUCGAGAAAUUUUGCGUUCUCUUGCACAAGUUUUGCGUUCUCCUGAGAAACAUAUGCGUUCACUCACAAAACAAUAUAAUGUUAAUAACAUGCAGCGGGAGGAAAGACUAUAUUCCAAUGCUUUUGCAAGCUAUAACGCAAUUUUAUUUUUAUUUUUUUAUUUUUUUAGAACGCUAUUCUUUUGCGCCAGCGAAUGAACAAUUUCUCUGAAAAUGCAAUAGCCUACUUUUCCAAAAGAGCGCUAAGGUUUGCGAGUGAUUUUUUUAAUUAGUAAUAUUUUUACUGACAAGUCCUUUUAGGGCUCUGUAGCUAACUACAGCGAUCAGCAGGAGAAACAGACUGCGCGCGCUGUUGGAACGGAGGGUGUCUGUGCGCGCGCUGUUGGAACGGAGGGUGUCUGUGCGCGCGCUGUUGGAACGGAGGGUGACGCGAGGUUAUAACGAUUCAAGUGGUCUGUUCUCAAGGACUGAUGUGUUAAUAACGGCCGGCCGCUGCAGGCCCAGUAGAGUCUAUCAACUCAUGACUGUUGCGAUUGUUUUCUUUCUUCCUGUUUCUUUUUGGUUUCUUGCUGACCUCAUUGCUUUUCCACUGUUCCUAUGACGACUGUCCAUAGUCAACAGGAUCUGACUCUUUUAUUUGUCAUGGCAACACAUUACACAUCGGAAGCAUGCCCUUAGCAACCCUUCUGGGGCUGGUGCUAUUAAAACAACACUGAAUGGCUCAAUCAUUUCAACUGAGUUGUGAUUACAGUGUAACGCAAACCAUAUACAGUACCCAACUCAUCGAGAAGGAAAUCAGAAUUAAAAGGAUAAGGUAUACAUUUAAUUCAAGAUAUAUUCAGAGAAAUCGAGUUUUUUAUUUAACAUUUUGUUUUAUUGGUAUUUGUAUUUCUCCACAAUUUUGCUUCUUGGAUAAAUAUGAUUAAUUAUUUUUUUUAAAAAUAAAAUUAGACAACAAAGUGAAGAUAGUUAAUUGAAUUAAAGUUGGUGUGAAUAUAUGGCAUCAAUUGAGAACAGAAUUGUCCUAUGUGAUAUUUCCUUGUGUUUUCCUUAUCGAGACAUCAUAUGCAAGAGUUCAAAUGAAACAUGCCUUAAGCAUUUCCUCUGAUCCCAGAGCAGCUGUUGGCACUGAUACCACGCACACGCACACACACAAACACACACACACGCACACACACACACUUUGCUAUGUUCGCUUGAAUGUUCUUUAUGUGUGGUAUGUAAUCUAUGUAAAAUGCAGAUGGGAAUUGAAAGGUCAUUCAAUCUGAGAUUGCCAAUGAUUUAUAAUCCCAAAUCCACUCUUUUCCCUCUCCAGAAGUGAACGUGUUGUGUGCUGGUGUUUAUUCUGUUGCCUGUGCUGUUUGAGGAUGUUUGCUUGCUCUUAAAAGUGUCAUAUCCCUUGGAUGAUGAAGAUAAAAAAAGAAAAAGGAAAAUUAAUAAAAGGG